AUGAAAUGUCUUUCUCCGAAUCGAAUUGAGCAGAAAUUAAUGGAAAUUGCAUGUCCGUUGACUUGUGGAUAUUGUAUUGAAAAUGAAAGAGUCACUACGAGUACAGUAAUCCCAGAAAAGUCAAUAAUGCCAACGAAGUGUAUCGAUGAAGCCGACGAUUGUGCGGAUAGAAUCAACUUUUGCAAUAGAAAGUUUUACAAAAGAAUGAUGAGUUUACAAUGCGCAAGAACAUGCAAAUUCUGCGAUCCCGACGAUGAAUACGAAGAAGAGGAAGCUGAAGAUAGUCGAGAAAUCCAUCUUUCCACUUUACGAUCGAAAAUGGGAGAAGAAACUGUUAAAAAACUCGAAGAACUCAAAAUCGUCGACAGUGUCAUCGAUCUACUUAAAAACGCGACUUCAUCGUCGCUGGCGUCAAAGCCACGUAGAUUCUCCAAAAAGCCAACAGCCACAACAAAUUUCUCAUCAGAAGUCACCGAAACAGAAUGCGUCGACACCGCAUCGGAUUGUGAGCGGAAUACGAAAUUGUGCACUCAUAAAGCGUACACCUCCCUAUUCCGAAAGAUUUGUGCGAAGACUUGCGAGUACUGUGAACUGGCCGAUUCAACGAUUGAUCUCGAAUCUUCGGGAGAGGAUUUCUUCUGA